GUUAUGAAAACGCCACAUGUAGGAUCCAUAACUCCUUGAAGAGCCACCUAGCGCAUCCAUCUCUCUAUUUUAGACUAGAUUUUGUCAUAACAGAGCAACAUACAUUCUGCCUAUCCUAAAUGCCGAUCAAGCGAAAUCUCUCCGUCGCCACGGCGGCUCCAGUAAAGCUCAUCAAAACAGCCCACGCGCCGCCGCGGAAUAGCGGUUUCCUCGAGCGGUGUCACUACUGCAACAAGCGGAUUGCUAAGAAUUCUGAUGUUUUUAUGUACAGUGACCUCUGUGCUUUCUGCUCUGUUGAAUGCCGGGAUCGUCAGAUUAGUCUGGAUAAAUUGGGUGGAUCAAAUUAGCAAAUCAAGUUGUUUGAAUUGGAACAUACAGUGCCUGGCUAGUUACUAGUAAUCUCAGAUGUGCGCUGUUGGUUUUUGAGGGACAGAUUGCACUACUGCUUAUAAUUCUAUGAUACUAGGAAAAGUAUACAUCAUGUUAAUAGUAGUAAUUGUUAUUUAUAGUUAUUUAAUAGUUACUUCCCUUUGUUUCUGUUGCUACCUACUCUGCUAUGAAUUUCUCUCUUUUUUGUGCAAAUCUAAUACAUAUUGGAGUGUAA